UCGCGCGGUUCGUGGAGUUAACACGUCUUUUAGCCACCCAAAUAUUGCCACCCAAAUCGGUGGCAAAGUUACAAGUACUUUAAAAAGUUAAAGUGGAUUUAUUCAGGAAAUAUCUGAAGAUCGUCGAAGAGAGGUUCUUCCCGGAAGAGAAACAAAAAGAACCAUCAGAGGAGGGUAAAUCAGAAGAGGAAGCGGCGACGAAGAUCCAGGCGGCGUUUCGGGGUCACAAAACCAGACAGUCAAUAAGCAUGAAAGCGGCGACCAAGUCCAACCAGGAGCCAGAGCCGUCCAAGGCUGAGCUCGAGGCGGAGUUCCGAGCUGAUGAUAAAGAUCUAUGCAAUGCGGCGACCAAGAUUCAAGCGUCUUUCCGGGGACACCAGGCCCGCAAGGCGACCCAACCGGAAACUGUCGAGAAAACCCAGGAAGAACUGGAUAAGGAGGACAUUGAGAAGAUCGAUCUGGCAGACCCCGAUCUGAACAAGGCCGCUACCAAGAUCCAGGCUUCAUUCCGGGGUCACAAAGUGCGCAAAGACGUCCCCAACUAAGGUGGCCAUGCGUUUUUCUCUUAGCAGGAAUUUCUCUUUGUAUGUAUGAUCUUGAAUACGGAUACAAAACGCUGUGUACAAAUUUCUUUCAGAGCCUUGAGUGUAAUGUUUUGAGACUCACUAGUGCUUGUAAGAAUUGUCAAUAUUACA